AUGAAUAGACAACAACAACAACCACAACAUCAACUCCACAGUGUUCAACGUUCAUUUUCAUCGAAAAGUCGAGCACCUCUUCCACCACCACCACCACCACCAUCAGUACUGUCUUCUUCAAAUAAUAAUACUUCAAAACUAGGAAUAUCUUCUACACUUCCUGGAACAUUUAUAUCUUCUUUACGUCAACUAUUUUCAAUAUUAGAUAAAACUAAGAGUGGUUAUGUACCAUUUGAUUUAUUUAAACGUUAUUGGACACCAUCAUUUUCUUUUGAUAAUUCAUCAUCAACAUCUGAUAUUUUACAUGAACUUGAAAUUGAAUCAAAACCAAAUAAUUAUUUAAUAACAUUUGAUCUACUUUUAAGUGUUAUUGAAAAAUCUUUAUCAACAACGAAAAGUUCACCACCACCAAUAACAACAUCUGAUUCAUCAUUAUCAUCAUUAUCAACACCACCAAUUUUAAUUCCUAAAGCAACACGUCCACCACCACCUGUAUCAUUUCCAUUAAAUCGUUCAACAAGUGUAGUAGUUACUACUCCUACACCGAAAAAUAUUGAACAACAAAUUCCUGUCGUUUAUAGAAGUUAUAAUGGUACAGAAAGUAGUCAUUAUCAUUCACAUGAUAAUACAUCAAUUCCUGUACGUCAUAGAAAAAAAAUUAUUAUACAAAAACCAACUAAACAACAUGGAAAUAUUUAUACUGAAAAUCCAUCAAUGUCAAUGCGUAGAAAUACAAUUCAUACUAAUGAAAUUGACUUUUCUAUGAUUCGAGCCAUGAAACGUUUUGAAAUUGAACGCGAUCUUCUUCUUCAAACAUGUGAUACACUUGAACGUGUCAAAGCUUAUUUAGCUGAUCGUCUUCUUGAAAUGAAGGAUAAACAACGUUCAUAUUGUCUUCAUCUAUCAACAGCAGAAACAACUGGUGUUGCACCAGAACCAAUCUAUAACCGAGAUUUAGUUGCUGAUUUACUAAAAUUAGCGAAUACAGUUAUUACUGAAGCGAAUUACGAUUCGAAGAAAUCAUCAGAUCGCUCAUCUAGUUCACUUUCAUCUUCAUCAUUGAAUGGAGCAAAUAAUCAAUAUCAACAACAAUUAAAAGCAAGAGAUGAUCGUAUUAAACAAUUAGAAACUGAAAAACGUGUCUUAUUAAAAGAAUUAGUUGAAAUGAGACAUCAACAUAGAACAGUGAUUCCAGCGAAAAAUUCAUAA